AUGUCGCCCACAACCCUCCGAGAUCUUGAGCUCUCACCCGUCGACGCGUCCGCCGCUGUCAUGCCCCGCCGUCGCGGCUUUCCCGCACCGCCAACGGGCCACGAGCUCAUGGCGCUCUUCCCGCCGCCGCCGCCGCCGAACCCCAUCAUGGGCUCGACAUCCGGCCUCUUUGUCGCGCAGGAGCGCGCCUUCUUCGCGUGCAAGGGCAAGGAGAUCGUCGCCGUGCAGAUCGAGGCCGACAUUCACGCUGGCCGGUCGCAGCCCCAUCCACACGCCCAUUCACCUCCACAUCCACACCCUCACUCUCAGCCUCCGGCGCCCGCUGAGCAGACCCCCGGACCGCCGCCGCCGACGCAGGGGAGCCCGCGUGCGCCGCGCGGCAUCCCGGUCCCAGCCCUGUCCGCGUCCGUGUCCCCACUGUCGCCUUACCCCGGGCCCGCGCCGCCACAGCACGCGCGGACGGCCCUACCACACGCCCCCAUGGACGUCCAGAUGCAGUAUCCGAUGCACCCGCCGCCACCGCCACCACAGCAGGGGGAGGAGCAUGGCGGGAAGCAGACGCAGCAGGGGGAGGAGGAUGAGGCGCGGAGGAGGCCAGUGCCGCAUAAUGAGAGGAGACGAGCAGGGACGUAUACGAAGCGGGUGGUUGUGGUGAAGUGA